AUGUCCACCCAGCCUCUCCUUCAGCGUACUGCCAAGAAGCGUAUCGCUCUCCCCGUCCGUGUUGAGCCCAAGGUGUUCUUCGCCAAUGAGCGUACCUUCCUCUCGUGGCUCCACUUCGCCGUCGUCCUCGGCGGUCUCGCCGUUGGUCUCCUCAACUUUGGUGACAAGGCUGGACGUAUCUCCGCCGCUCUCUACACCAUGAUCGCUAUCGGUGUCAUGCUGUACGCCCUGACAGUGUACCAAGCGCGAGCGAAGGCGAUCCGCGAACGGUCCGGAGCUCCCUACGACGACCGUCUCGGUCCUACAAUCCUCUGCAUCGCCCUUCUCGCUGCCAUCGUCACGAACUUCAUCCUCCGCGCCGUCUUCGAUUAA